AUGCUCCUGCGCCUGGCCCCGGGCAUCGAGUGUUUCCUGCAGGACUGCGUCCGCCAAGGCAUUGCCAGCGAUGACCUGGCCAAGGAGGUGUCCCGGGCGGGUGCCGUGCCGUGGGACCAGCUCAAGCGCCUGCAUUGCCAACUGAAGGCUGCCCGCCCUGACACCCCCAACCUGUACAAGGGCCUGGCCCGUCGCCGGGAGCAGGCGGCCUACGAUGCCAUGGUGCACGAUGUGCUGGCCGUGGAGCGGGCCGCCGCGGCCGCUGCGCACGGCUUCGGCUCCUACCGCCAGCAGGUGUCGUUAGGCCUGCACGUGGUUGUCACGAUGGCCGCCUUCUACGCCUUUGGCCUGGUGGCGGGCCGCGCCACGCUGCCCCCGGGCUGGCAGCCGCAUGUGGCGGGCCUGGGCCUCGCCACUCUGGCCCUACUGGUGGAGAGCCUGCUCUUCGUCAUCCGCUCCAGCGCGCCCGCGACCGCGCAGCGCGAGGCCGCCGCCCGCGCGCUCCGCGAGCGCCUGGAGGCGCAGGCGCGGGCACAGCGCGCCGCGGCGCAGCGGGAUGGCGAGGCAGGGGGGAGGGCGCAAGGCGGCGAGGGGGCGGGGGCUGCACCGGCGCAAGACGAAGGAAAGGCGGAGAGCACGCCGGCGAGGGCCGGUGUGGCGGAGGAAGCAGGUGUGGAGCCCGACGGCGGCCCGGACAAGGGCCCUGAGCCGGCCACCCUGCGCCUGCGGGCCGGCAGGGCGGCGUGA